AUGGACUCCAAAGACACCGAGGCACAGAGGUUCGACACCAUCGCGGACGAGAUUCAUGUGCCCAUCGAUACGGCAUUGGAGAGGAAGUUGAUGAGGAAGAUCGACUUCAUGAUCUUGCCGUACCUCGCCGUUUGCUAUGCAUUCUUCUAUAUCGACAAGACGACUCUCUCCUACGCCGCUAUCUUCGGCAUUCGAACGGACCUCAACCUGAGCGGCACUGAAUAUAGUUGGCUGUCUGGCAUUUUUUACGUUGGGUACCUCAUCUGGGCCCUACCGACCAAUUUCUUGCUGCAGCGAUUCCCCAUGGCUAAAUAUUUGGGAAUCAACAUUUUCGCCUGGAGUGUACUUCUCAUGCUGCAAGCCGUCUCGACCCAUUUUGCUACCCUGGCUGCCCUACGAGCCCUCAGCGGAGCAGCCGAGGCGUGUGCUGACCCUGCAUUCAUGCUCAUCACAAGCAUUAAGGGCGCGCUUCCGAGCUGGAAGUAUGAGUUCAUCAUCAUUGGUACCUUGUGCUGCAUCCGGGGCAUCAUGAUCUUCUUUAUGCUUCCAAGCAGUCCUGUGACGACCAAGCAUCUCACUGCGGAUCAGAAGGAGUUGGUGGUCGAAAGGCUCAGGGAGAACCAGACGGGUAUCGAGAACAAGACGCUCAAGCCGUACCAGGUCCGGGAGGCAUUUGCCGACUACAAGCUGUGUUUCUUGUUUGCGAUUGCGCUGAUGCAGAGUAUUGUGAACGGGGGGGGGGGGUGGUUCAACUAUUCAACUUUGGCCACUGCGCUCCUGCAGAUUCCGUACGGUGCGUUGAUCUUUGUGGCCGUGUUGGGGUGCGUCUAUAUCAACGACCGCAUGCCGCCUAGUAAUCGCUGCUACAUGAUCGUCAUCUUCCUUCUGCCCAACAUUGCCGGGGCUGUUGGUAUGCGCUUCCUGCCCCAGGAUAACAGCAUCGGUAGAUUAAUCUGCUACUAUUUGACCGGUUCAAUCAAUGCCUCUUUUGUGCUUCUCCUCUCCCUGCAAACCGCCAAUACGGCGGGUCACACCAAAAAGGUUGUCACGUCCGCCUGCCUUUUCUUCGGCUACUGCACUGGCAACAUCGCCGGGCCCUUCUUCUACAAAACGGAACAGGCGCCCCGGUAUACCCUGGGCAUUUGGAGCAUGAUUAUCGCACACCUGCUCGAGGUUGUCAUCGUCGUAGUAUUGCGGUUCCUUCUCAAGUGGGAGAAUGACAAGCGGGAUCGACUGCAGGGGAUUGGGGGUCAUGUUCGGGUGGAGAUGUCUGAGGCGACCAGGGCACAACGCGAAGCGGACUUGAAUGUGAGUGCGUUUGGGGAUUUGACUGACUGGGAGAAUCUGAAUUUCCCGAUAUAUAUACUAAACAGAACUCAAGGUUUACGGUAG